GGGGUGCAAGGAUCAUGAUACCUGUAGGGCACUUGUGAGCGGUGCCCUGCUCACAAACGGAUGCUUUCUGCUCUGCCUUUUUGCUGUUGCCGCGAAUGAAAAGGACCUGCGAAAGAAAGGCAGCAGAGCCCCGGCUGCGCAAUGGAAGCUGUGAAAUUCCACUUCUGAGAAGUGAGGGAUGGUUUGGACUCGGUCGUGGCUCUCUUUGUCUUCAGUAGUUCUGAAUGCCUGGUCGGGCUCAUCUCUCUGUGUGCCCUCCUCCAGCGACUGUCAUCACUGUGACAUGAUGCUCUCCAACGCCUCUGCCAGCCGCCGAAGGGCUCAUUCUGUCUCUUAGCUGUGGACGAGGCAGGGACACGCCGGCCAGCAUGGAGAGACGAGUGAAUCUGUGUUGGUGAUUUGUGUCACUGUGCCGGUGGCUGUGGAAGUAAACCACCAGGGCACCUGGACAUAUUCCUGCCAGAAGGGACAUGGAGAAAUAUUUACCCAUCGGAAAGAGUCUGGUCAGCCUUGACAGGAACAUGGACGGAUGGCUUCUCGACACCUCGGUAACUCAUUUUAAUUCGCCAAUGUCCAGAAAGUGAGCGCUCUGGCUGCAAAGGGAGAACCAGCUAAGAUGUGUUACAUCUAGUGGCACCUGAAGAGGAACCCUUGAGAGCUGGUGUCGUCGAUUGUCGCCAACCGGCACCAUGAGCGACUCCCACUUGUCUGGCUCCAUGGGAAGCUACAACAUCAGCUCUCUCUCCACCAGCGCUUGGAACGUCACUGGCAGCGGCCCGUGGUUGCUUGCCUUCAUGCUGACCGCCAUCAUCCUCAUGACGGUCUGCGGCAACAUGUUGCUCAUCGCCGUGGUGUUUGCCCAUCGCUCUUUGCGCUGCACAUCAAACUGCUUCCUGGUGUCUCUGUUCCUUUCCGACCUGAUGGUGGCGGUGGUGGUCAUGCCGCCGGCCAUGCUCAACGUCCUGUGUGGAGCCUGGGUGCUUUGGCCGGCCUUUUGCCCCAUUUGGCUCUGCUUUGACGUCAUGUGCUGCAGCGCGUCCAUUCUCAACCUUUGCGUGAUAAGCCUGGACCGCUACCUCUUCAUCAUCUCGCCGCUGCGCUACAAGCAGAGGAUGACGCCGCCCCGGGCGUUGCUUCUGGUGGGAGCUGCUUGGGGGUUGGCGGCGUUGGCGUCCUUCCUGCCCAUCGAGAUGAAAUGGCACAGCUUGGGCCACGGGAGUGGAAACGGGUCGGCCCCGGGGGUCGCCGGGGACAACAUCAGCUCGUACUAUGACACGCUGUACCCAGCAUCCUACUUUCAGCUGUCACCAUCGGGGGGCCUUUCCUUCCAGUGCCGCCUGCGGGUCACCUUGCCCUUUGCCCUGGUGGCAUCCGUGCUCACGUUCUUUCUGCCCUCCAGUGCCAUUUGCUUCACUUACUGUCGGAUCCUCCUGGCGGCGAGGAGGCAAGCUAAGAGGGUCGCGGCGCUGAGCCACCCGCCACACCCGCACCCCUCUCCUGGCGAGCCUUCCAGGCCUCCCUCGCCCGGGGUGGCCGUGGGGCAAGCUCACCAGGACGUAGAUGACUGCAGUCCCCAGGAGCCUCCUGUGUCACAGAAUGUCCCGCCCUCAGUGAACAGUGAGCGUCGUCUGGCUCACAGACAGGGUCGCAGGGCACUGAAGGCCAGUCUGACUCUGGGAGUCCUCCUGGGACUCUUCUUCAGUGCUUGGCUGCCCUUUUUCAUCACAAACAUGGCCCAGGCAGUGUGCGAGUGCGUCCCCAUGGCGCUCUUCGACGCCAUCACUUGGCUGGGCUACUGCAACAGCACCAUGAACCCCAUCAUCUACCCGCUGUUCAUGCGGGACUUCAAGCGGGCGCUGGGGAGGCUCCUGCCCUGCUGUUCCUCGCAGUUGCCCCGGAGGCCCUCGCCGGCGCUCUCGCUCUCCCUCCGCAACUCCGGGGAGCAGAACGCCGCCAGCAGCCUCCCGUCCCUGCUGGCCUCCGACCCCACGCACCCCCCCGCCACCGCCACCGACGCGGUCAACCUGCUGGACGCCGAGCACGCUGGCGUCGAGUUGCCCCUACUUCUGCCCAAUCAGGUGGAUGCCCGGGAUUGA